UUUAAAUUUAUCGUUGUCCUGUAAUUUUUUUUUUUUUUUUUUUUUAAAUACCUUUACGUUAAAUGCGUUCAUAAUAAAUGAGGUCCUUGUAAAAGUAGAACGCCACAUAGAACAGGGGCAAUAAAUCUGUCGACUUUUUAAUAAAAAAGACAAAAAGGACAUUUUAUUUACAACUCACUUUGUAUUUUAAGCUAAAACUGUUCAUUUGAUGAAGAUUUUUCGAGAAAAUUAUGCCAAUUUAUACUAAGUAGGCUCAGUCAUUGUUGAUUAAUGUAAGUAGGUAAAUAAUUUUGGGAGAAAAAUACACAGUUCCAAGGAUAUUUCUGUAUGCACAAAAUCGUCUGAAACAUUAUCCCAUUCUAAAUUCGUCCCAAUAAAAUCGCCAGUGUUUGUGUGUGAAAUCAUUGUUUCUUGGCGGAUGCCCAAUCCAGAACCCACAUUCCUCCUGAAACCGCCUCUCUGAAAAGUGCUUACUAUUGCAUUUGAGAAACGUUCAAGAUGCUCCAGCUGAAAUAUUAUCCUGACGAGGGCGGCUACAAUUUCCGCUAUUUUCCCGACAUACGGUAUUACUACGACGAAAAGAUCCAGCGCAUUAAUAGUUCCUUUUACGACUAUCCUUACAGGACGAGAGUAUGGGUACCGUACAAGGGCCAUAGAGUUUUUUGCAACUACAUGCCUUCGGGAGCGCCAUUUGCAAUUCAAAGAGUAAGCAAAGUGAUGUAUUUUGAUCAUUAUGACACGAAGAAGCGACUACGUAUUAAUUAAUUAUAGUAUUUUAUAAAUAAAUAUAUUUUUCUUAUAUCAUUUAGUAGUAUAUAUGAUUUAUUUGUUGAUCUGCUUCCACUCUACUUAUUCAAGAGUUGCUGUUUUAGUGUUUAAAUCCUCUAUUUCAUUUUAGACUUUGAGGUAGUUUCGAACGCAUCCUCGAUUGAAUGCGUCGAACGCAUUCAUGAUGACAGAUGACGGGAGAGGGAAACAGAGGAAAUACCUCCUUGCCUCUGACAGAAUUCAGAGGAAGAUCGAGGAGGUUGUCAUUCUGGGUGUCGGCCUCCAUUCUCGCUCUUGCCUUAAAAAUCUUUUUGAAUGUAAUAUUAAGUAUUUUGAGUCUUCUGUUGAGUAGAAUAAAAUAGCCUAGUAAGGCUGAAGAUAAUCAGUUGUGUCAUUGGAGUUAA